AUGCCUUCAUUCGCCAUCGAAGUUGAAGGCGAGGCAAACCCUUUGAAUCGUGAUGCCUUGCUAUCCACCAUAGCCAACAGCUUGUCCGGUCACCAGAAUCUCAAAGUGUCAUCACAGCAGUUGGCCAAUUGGGAAAGGUCACCAGGGUAUCACGUCUUGCUGCAAAGUCUCUAUGCGGACUUUUCCCUCCCACAAGAAGUGCGAUUCCAAGCCAUCAUACAACUCAAGAAUGGCAUCGACAAGCACUGGAGAAAGCAGUCUCAGAACGCUAUUACGAAAGAGGACAAAGAGAAGAUGCGAUCAAUAGCCAUUGAGGCAGGCGUGCAGGAGUCUGUACCUGCCUUGGCUCUUCAGAAUGCUCUCAUGCUGGCGAAAAUUGUCCGGUAUGAGUAUCCCAACGAUUGGCCUGACGUCUUCAAAAUCCUCAUUCAGCACCUUCGCAAUGCAACAGACAAUCUAAUCGAGCACCAAUACACCUCUAAUGUCCUUGUCAUCACUCUACAGAUCAUCAAAGAGCUUGCAGCUGGUAAAUUGCAGCGGAUGAAAAAGGCCCUGGAACAGAUCUCCUCAGAGCUCCUUCAUGUGCUUGGGAAUCUCUAUAUCGCGCUUGUUGGAAAGUUGGCAAAGAAUCUAACCGCAGGCAUUGAUGCCGAUUCAGCACGAAACAGUCAUACAGCCUUGAAGACUUUACGCCGUCUUCUAGUGUCUGGCUUUGAGCACCACCACCGGAAUGACGAGCUCAAGCAGUUCUGGCUGUUGCUGCAAGACCAUCAGAGCCGAUUUCUGAGCAUGCGAGAAGAGCACUUUGCCAUUAAGCACUUACUGCAAUUAUCAAAACUUUACCUAGAAAUGGCGAGGGCGCACCCUGCCGCUUUCGUCCUCCUCGGUUCUAUGGAGAUUUUGAAUCGGUCAUGGUCCAUUAUCAGCGAUAACGAUGCAAGAGGCACCCUUCAGUCAGACUUCAACUGGGCCGUCUACCGUGACGGAGACGAUACCGAGGACUCACCAAGAGAGAAGCUGGCACUGAGAGCUCUACUCUUGUUUAGAGCCUGUGUCAAGAUGGUCUUUCAGCCAGCUUUAACCUUCAGAUAUCAGACUCCACAGGACAAAGAGGAUCGCAAGCUUGCGACAGAUUCCAUCAAGACACAAGUCCUCACAGAUGACUUUGUGGUCAGAAUUAUGGAAACAUUGGUCACCAAGUUCUUCGUACUACGGCCUUCCGAUCUUCGUGAUUGGGAAACAGAGCCUGAUGAGUGGGAGAGACGUGAAGAAGAAAUUGCCGACGCUUGGGAGUUCUCCAUCAGAUCUUGCUCCGAGAAGCUGUUCCUAGACCUUGUCAUCAACUUCAAGCAGCUUCUUGUCCAACGACUCCUGGAUGUCUUCAACCAAUACGCAAGUGUAGACAACACGAAUGUCCUUUUGAAAGACAGUCUUUAUUCCGCUAUAGGAAUAGCGGCAGCCUGUCUCGACGAUGUCCUUGACUUCAACACCUUCCUCCGCUCGACUCUAGUACCAGAGGUGCAAAUGACACAUCCUGGCUAUAAUCUCUUGAGAAGGAGAAGUGCGAUGGUGCUUGCACAGUGGGUACCCAUCAAACCAGACGUGAUUGACAGGGUCGCUGUGUAUCAGGUAUUUACUCACCUGCUGUCGAAAGAUGACAGCUUCAACGACCACGUUGUCAGGGUCACGGCUGGCCGUCAGCUCCGUAUGGUCCUAGAGCCUUUCGAGUUCAACUACACGGACUUUGCUCCGUACGCCACCCCUAUCUUAUCCAGCAUCAUGCUUCUCACCGCUGAAACGGAGCUCUCGGAAACAAAAAUGGCUCUUCUGGAAACAGUUCGUGUGGCCGUCACGAAGCUUGAGGGUCACAUCGAACCGUACGCAGAGGGAAUCAUGUCCAUGCUUCCACCACUGUGGGCCCAGAGCGGCGAGGAGCACCUCAUGAAGCAGGCCAUUCUGACGAUGAUUACUGCGAUCGUAAACAGCCUACGCGAGAAGAGCCUGUCCUACCAUGCAGCUAUCCUGCCACUCAUCCAUGAUUCAGUCCAGCCGGACUCAGAGGCUUCGGUAUAUCUCCUAGAGGAGGCUCUUGAGCUAUGGAAAGCGAUUUUGAUCCAGACACCGACUAAUGAGCCGUCACAUGAACUGCUCGCAAUGUCGACUUCUCUCCUUCCACUCUUAGAAAUGGGAAGUGAGCUUCUUCAGCAAAUCUUCGACGUCAUCGAGUCCUAUACAGUCCUCUCACCCACCGCCGUUUUGGCGCCGACUUUCUUUACGCCACUGACUGCCUCGCUGAAGAACCUGCUCCCAAUGCUCGCCUCGAGCCGCGCCCGAGAUGCUGCACUAGCUCCCCACGUCCUUGAGAAUCUCACAGCAACGUUGACCGUACCCACAUACUUUGACGCGACCACAAGACUACAGGCGACACAACAUCUCUUCUCUACUUUGGUGGCCUCAGGUUACCUGCGUGACCUGCUCCAGAUUCUGCAUGAGGCUCAUACAUACCACUCGGACCCACGUCCGAAUCGACGGCCUCCGGACGUAAUCGGGCCGGGCGAGACGAGCUUGUUCUCACUGCUCGCACGUCUAGCGCUCCUCUCCCCACCACUUUUCAUCCAAGCCAUCAACGCCUGCUCCUCCGAGACAUCCGCCCUCGAUUGGCUUGUAGUGGAGUGGAUUGGGCACUUCGACGCCAUCGGCGAUAUUCUGCGCAAGAAGCUCCAAAUCCUCGGCGUGACCGCCUUGCUCACCGCCUCGAGCCCGCCACCAACAAUACUGCUAGAUCAGUUGCAAAGCUUGAUGACAGUGUGGACGGACAUUGCAACAGAACUGGGCGAGGAGGCUGCGGAUGACAGCCAGGGCGAUUACCUGUGGUAUUUCACGAAACCGAGCGAUGCGCCGGACUGGCCGGAUGCGACGCCCGAGGAUGGACGGAAGAAGGUGCUCGGUAACAACGACCCCAUAUUCUCAGUCAAUGCGAGGCACUUUAUCGCAGAGCACUUCAAGGGCGUGAUGCAGAGCUGGCCGGGUGGGCAGGCGGCGUUCGAGGCCGAGUGGCUGGGUCGCAUUGACGAAGCGGUUAUGAAGAGUUUCGUCGAGCUAAAGAUUCUAUGA